ACAUGACGCAAGACAGAGACCUGGAUGGGGGCGAUCAUGGGAAAGAAACCGUACCCGCUAACAAAGGCAUGUCCGACAUGGAGAUCUCCCAGAAUUCUUUGAUUCUGGCCACAGCUGGGAGCGAUUCGACCACAACCACCCUGUGCGGCGUUUUGUACCAUCUUGCUCGGCCGGCUGGCAGCAAGGCUCGUGCGGCUCUCUUGGCCGAAAUUCGAUCCGCCUUCGCAAGCGAAAGCGAAAUCUCCUUCGCGAGCACAACUCCUGCUUCUUUACCAUAUCUCAACGCUUGCAUCGAAGAGACGAUGCGCGUCUAUCCGUCGACGGCCGAACAGCCCCCGCGUGUGUCUCCGGGCGAAGUUGUUGGGGAACGUUUUGUCCCACAGGGAACGAAGGUUUACACUUAUCAGUGGUCGACCCACCGAAACCCCGAGCACUUUGAAUGCGCUCAGGAAUUUCAUCCAGAGCGUUUUCUCCCCAGGUCCCACUCUCUCUACGAUGCGAGGUUUGAGCAUGAUGAGUUGUCGCUUGUGAGGCCAUUCUCCCAUGGUCCAAGAGACUGUGUGGGAAGGAACUUGGCGUAUGGCAUAGUGCGCUUGACUUUGGCCAAUCUGCUUUACCGCUUCGACUACGAGCUCUCGGAACCGGAAGAUGACUGGAUUGAGAAGCAAACGGUUAAGUUCUCUUGGACAAAGGGGCCCUUGAACAUCAAACUUGUGCCAAGAGGGAGCCGGGACUAG